AUGUCAAUAGCAAAAUCCAAUUUGUUCAAGCCAAUCACAAUUGGUAAAACUACAAUUAAGAAUCGUAUUGCUCAUUUACCAACUACAAGAAACCGUGCAUCACCGGAAAAUGUUCCCACUGAUUUGAUGAAAAAGUAUUACACUGAUCGUGCUAAAACUGGUGGUUUAUUGGUUACUGAAGCUACUUUGAUAUCAUUGAAUCAAGGUAUUUAUCCUAAUGUUCCUGGUAUUUGGAAUCAAACUCAAGCCAAAGCUUGGAAAGAGAUUGUUGAUUCUGUUCAUUCUGUUGGAGGUAAUAUUGCUAUUCAAUUAUGGGCUUUGGGUAGGGUUGGUAAUGCUAAGCUUUUAAAAUCUCAUGGAUUACCAUUAACUGGUGUCAGUCCAAUUUAUGAACAUGAAAAGGCAGAAAAAGAUGCCAUCGAUGCUGGUAAUCCUAUUCAAGAGCUUACUAAAGAGCAAAUCAGUGAUAUUGUUCAUGUUCAAUUUACAAAUGCUGCAAAACUCGCCGACGAAGCAGGGUUUGAUUUUAUUGAAUUGCAUGGAGCUGCUGGGUAUUUAUUUGAACAAUUUAUUAAUCCAGGUACUAACAAAAGAACCGACGAAUAUGGUGGUAGUAUUGAAAACAGAUCAAGAUUUUUAUUUGAAGUCAUUGACAAGUUAUCAACCGUUGUUGAUCCGUCGAAAUUGGCAAUCAGAUUAUCACCAUUAAAUGAUUUUCAAGUUCCAUCAGUUAACCCAACUGCUGAAGAAGACUACACUUAUGUUGUUGAAGGUUUACAAAAAAGAGCAGAUGAAGGUAAAGGGUUAGGCUACAUUGAUAUAUAUGAUGAACGUUAUAACCCAGAUGGUUCCAUAAGACCACAAACCGUUGAAUUCAUUGACAAAGUUUGGAAAGGUGUAUUGUUAAGAGGUGGUAGUUUUACUUAUGACAAGGACAACAAGUGGAAGACUAUUGAAAAAGUCGCUGAUGCUGAUAACAGAUCUUUGAUUGGAUUCGGUAGAUAUUUCAUUGCUAAUCCAGAUUUACCAGAAAGAAUUAGAAAUGGUCAAGAACUUAACGAUUAUGAUAGAUCUACCUUCUAUUCUCCAUUUAACUAUGGUUACAACACAUACCCAGUUUAUGGUGAGGUAAUUAAAGCUGAUCCAGAAGAAAGAGUUUUAGGAAAACCGUUGGCCUGA